AUGAACCAUUUGGGUGGACCAUCUGAAGGGGAGGUGAGUGAAGAGCCAGCAAGUGGGACAGUGAACGAGUCGGUGGAGGCUGACCUGGAGCGCCCAGAGGUGGAGGAGGAGCAGCGGUAUGCAACUCGCUACCCCAGGCAUACCAACUGCAGCCAAGGGGGCCUGGCAGGGCAGGAGGAGGAAGGGAUGUUAGCUCGGUCAGCCAGCACUGAGAGUGGUUUCCACAAUCACACGGACACUGCGGAAGGGGAUGUGAUUGCCACGGUGGAAGACACUUACGACACGGAGAGAGUCCAGGAAAAUGAGGAUGAGAGUGCCUACGCAGUGCAGUACAGGCCUGAGUCUGAGGAGUACACGGAGAACGCUGAGGCUGAGCACAGCGAGGCUGUUCAUCAUCGAACCCUGCCCAAUCACUUGCAUUUCCACUCCAUCGAACACGAGGAAGCCAUGAACGCGGCCUACUCGGGCUACGUCUACACGCAUCGGCUGCUACAUUCUGUUACUAAGUCCCUCUGCACAGUAGUCAGGAAGGUUUCUCAGGUGGAGUGGAUUGAGUCAAACAGCACUGAAGUUGAGAUGGAGAAUUUUUGGAUGUACCAAGCUGAGUAUCGUAAGAAAAAUUCUCCAUCUCCAGAUUCCUCUUCCCCUCGGGGUGCUGAAUCGUCAAGUAGACAACAUCACCAGGAUGUCUGCAGUACAGCAGAGGGCUCCACUAAUAAAGAGUCCAGAAAAAGCUUGGCUUCAUUUCCAACCUAUGUUGAAGUUCCUGGACCUUGCGACCCUGAAGACUUAAUUGAUGGAAUAAUUUUUGCUGCCAAUUACCUUGGCUCAACUCAACUCCUUUCUGAUAAAACUCCUUCCAAGAAUGUGAGAAUGAUGCAGGCUCAGGAAGCUGUCAGCAGGAUCAAGAUGGCCCAGAAAUUAGCCAAAAGCAGAAAGAAGGCACCAGAAGGUGAAUCUCAACCCAUGACUGAAGUGGACCUCUUCAUUUCUACACAGAGAAUAAAAGUGCUGAAUGCAGACACACAGGAAACCAUGAUGGAUCAUCCCUUGCGGACCAUUUCUUACAUUGCAGAUAUAGGAAAUAUAGUUGUUUUGAUGGCUCGUAGGCGAAUGCCACGGUCUAACUCCCAGGAUAAUGUGGAAGCAUCUCACCCUUCCCAAGAUGGAAAGAGGCAGUACAAAAUGAUUUGCCAUGUAUUUGAGUCUGAGGAUGCACAGCUGAUUGCACAGUCCAUAGGUCAAGCAUUUAGUGUGGCCUACCAGGAAUUUCUGAGGGCAAAUGGAAUCAAUCCAGAAGACCUUAGCCAGAAGGAGUAUAGUGACUUACUUAAUACCCAGGACAUGUACAAUGACGACCUGAUUCACUUCUCCAAAUCUGAAAACUGCAAAGAUGUUUACAUUGAAAAGCAAAAAGGAGAAAUCCUAGGUGUAGUGAUUGUGGAGUCUGGCUGGGGAUCCAUUUUGCCUACUGUUAUCAUAGCCAACAUGAUGCAUGGAGGGCCGGCAGAGAAGUCUGGGAAGCUGAACAUAGGGGACCAGAUCAUGUCAAUCAAUGGGACCAGUUUGGUUGGUUUACCACUCUCAACAUGUCAGAGCAUUAUAAAGGGUUUGAAAAACCAGGCCCGUGUUAAACUGAACAUAGUUAGGUGUCCUCCAGUAACCACAGUCUUGAUCAGAAGACCAGACCUCAGAUAUCAGUUGGGCUUCAGUGUGCAGAAUGGGAUUAUCUGUAGCCUUAUGAGAGGAGGCAUAGCAGAGCGAGGAGGUGUGCGUGUUGGCCAUCGGAUCAUUGAAAUCAACGGACAGAGUGUUGUAGCAACUCCUCAUGAGAAAAUUGUUCACAUUCUCUCAAAUGCUGUUGGUGAGAUUCAUAUGAAGACUAUGCCAGCUGCCAUGUACAGACUGUUGACUGCACAGGAGCAACCAGUUUACAUCUAA